UGUCAUCUAUUAAUAAAUAAUAAAUUAAUAAAUGCUUUAUCUCCUUAACUUUUGCAUCACUUGGUCAUCACAAGUGAUGCUCCACAGACUAAGUGGAGCGUGGGCUCAUCAUUUUUAUAAGCAGCAAUAGUAAUGCUGUGUCUCUUGUUUUUGCUGCAGGUUUAUAUUUGCAGUAACAAUAUUCAAGCUCGACAACAGGUUGUGGAACUUGCCCGGCAGUUGAAUUUUACUCCCGUGGACGUGGGAUCGUUAUCAUCAGCCAGGGAGAUUGAAAAUUUACCCCUGCAACUCUUUACUCUCUGGAGAGGGCCGGUCGUGGUAGCCAUAAGCCUGGCCACAUUUUUCUUUCUUUAUUCCUUUGUCAGAGAUGUGAUACAUCCCUAUGCAAGAAACCAGCAGAGUGACUUUUACAAGAUUCCUAUUGAGAUUGUGAAUAAAACCUUGCCCGUAGUUGCCAUUACUUUGCUGUCCCUGGUGUACCUAGCAGGUCUCCUGGCAGCUGCUUAUCAACUUCAUUACGGCACCAAGUACAGGAGGUUCCCACCGUGGUUGGAGACCUGGUUGCAGUGUAGAAAACAGCUUGGAUUACUAAGUUUUUUCUUUGCUUCGGUCCAUGUUGCCUAUAGCCUCUGCUUACCAAUGAGAAGAUCAGAGCGAUACUUGUUUCUCAACAUGGCUUAUCAGCAGGUUCAUGCAGACAUUAAAAACUCUUGGAACGAGGAAGAAGUUUGGAGAAUUGAAAUGUAUAUCUCCUUUGGCAUCAUGAGCCUGGGCUUACUGUCCCUCCUGGCAGUCACCUCCAUCCCUUCAGUGAGCAAUGCUUUAAACUGGAGGGAAUUCAGUUUUAUUCAGUCUACUCUUGGCUAUGUCGCUCUGCUCAUAAGCACUUUCCAUGUUUUAAUUUACGGAUGGAAACGAGCUUUUGAAGGAGAGCACUACAGGUUUUAUACACCACCAAACUUCGUUCUCGCUCUUGUUUUGCCAUCAAUUGUAAUUCUGGGUAAGAGCGUUUUACUUCUUCCAUGUCUAAGCCAAAAGCUAAAGAGAAUUAAAAAGGGCUGGGAAAAGAGCCAGUUUCCAGAAGAAGGUGUUGGAGGAGCAGUUCCUCAUUUCUCACCAGAAAGGGUCACAGUCAUGUGAUGAUAAAUGGUGCUCGCUAAUGCCAUAAGACUUCCUACUCAUGCCAUUACUUGUAUGACUUCCUGUGUGUUCAGUCCCCAGUGUGCUGUCAAAUUGCUAUGGGCUGAAACUUGUUCAAUGUGAUCUCAGCCAAAUAGUGGUAGAAUUUUCUUCCAAUUCAUGUUCAAAAAUGUCAUUUUUCGUCAAUAUAGAUUUUUGUAGUUAACUUAUUGUUAAAAUGUAGGUGUUUUUGUUGUUGUUUUGCACAACUGUGACAUUACUAUUAUUUUAACAAACUGUAUUCCACAGUCAGGCAAAAAUAUUUAUAGUUAAUAAUAUAGAUUACAAUAUAAUGUUAAAAACUCUUUGCAAACCAGCAGAAUUUUAAGUUUUAAUAUAAUUCAAUAGAUAAGUUUUUUUCUGAAGCUCAAGGUUUUAAUUAUUAUCCAGUGUAAGAAUUAGAAAUGCAUAAUCAUAUAUUUUUUAAAGAAAGGAUGCAUUACAUUAGCAUCUAGGUAAGAGUACAUUAUUAUAUUCCUAUAUUUCUCCCAUAAGAUAGGAUUUGAAGAAUGUCAUUGAUUUUGUGAAUUGAUGUGAUUAUGUGAACAAACACAAAAAAAGACAAAUUGAACCUGAAAUUAUAUUUAAAAAUGCAGUGGAGAUAUGAAAGAUAUACUGGUAAUGUGUACUCCAUGAAAGAUUUUCUCCCUUACCUUGUUACAAAGCAGUUCCAUUUGAAUAUGUUGUCAGGGAGAAGACAGUAAUUGUUGGCCUCCAAAAUAUAGUACCAAUCCUGGAAAUCGUAUAAUUGUUUCUAGUUAAAGGGAAAAUAUUAGUUAUACACACAGGUAGUUGUUUGUCAACUGAUCUAUGUUGUUGCACCUUAGCCAAUCAUCACACUCUAUGGUGCAGGAUUGUACAGAAGUUCAUUGAGGGAUUCUAACAUGCCAUGUACUGUUGUUCUAAGCACUUUACUUGUAUUAUCCCAUUUAAUACUUAAAACAGUCCUGUGACAGGGGUAGCUAUCAUUCUCAUUCUACAUAUGAGAAAACUGAAGAAAAAAAGUUAAGUAAUUUUCCCAAGGUCGUGGAGUUAGUGGCAGAGCCAGCAUUGAAGCCCCAGCAGUCAUAUUUCAGAGACUGUGAUUUUAACCACUAGGCUGAAUGGUCCCUGCUCCAUCUCUGUGCAUUGCAUUCAUGAUGCCAAUCUGUCUGCUUCCUCUUUUGUAUAAAGGCAUUGACAUUCUU